AUGAUCACCUCCCUGGACCUGCUCUCCAUAGUACUGUCCCAUCACCAGCUAUCCCCUGAAAAUGCCUACGAUGUGCUGUGCGUGGCAGACAUGUACCUGCUGCCCGGGCUCAAGCGCCUUUGCGGCCGGACCUUGGCUCAGAUCCUCGAUGAGGACAACGUCGUCAACAUCUGGAGGAUUGCAAAGCUGUUCCAGCUGACCCGGCUGGAGGACCAGUGCACGGAGUACAUGGCAAAGAUCAUCGAGAAGCUGGUGGAGUUGGAGGAGUUUGCAGCCGCUGUGAAGGAGAACGCGGAGGCGGUGGAGGAGCGGCAGGAGACGGACUCUAUUCCUCUGAUCGACGACAUCCGCUUCCACAUCACCAGCAACGUGCAGACUUACAGCGCCAUCGAGGAAGCCAACCAGAAACUUGAAGCUCUGGAAAACCUCCUGGCCAGCAUAGGGCUUGAGUGCUGAUGUGUGCAAACCCUGCCUGUCGUAUGCAGCCUGCGCAGCCCCCCCCGGGUUGGCUUGGAGUGCAAGAACAUCCGAGCCUUUGAAUGUCUCUUCUCCUUCUUUGUCCUCC